CGACGGGUGACAUCCUUCAGAAGGUGGAAACGGCACAAUACAAUCCGCGUGCUGGGGUACACUACUUGGAAUGCAUGCAUCUGGGCCAUGCACUUAUCAAUCACCACCGUCCGUGCUGCCUCAGUCGCUGGUAACAUCAGCCGCAUGUUGCGCACAGCGUUCAUGUACGCUGCCGUUGUCUCAUUAGGAAGCAAGGCGUAGAAAAUGGAACGCCCGAUACCAUGCAAAUCUACCAGCAUGCAGUGCCACAGUAUGUAGCCACCGCAGUUCAUCUGGUGCGUCGCGUCUGCCAGCAAUACCUCCGUAUAAAGCUCCACAAGGUGACGUACGUACCUGGGAACAAAAAAGAUGUAGCGUACCUCGGACUCCUCAUACUCUACAUUACAUUGACCGGCGGUCUCCAGCAAUUGUAUAACAGCGUUAACCGAGUUUCCCUCUACCUUUCCCUUCAUCUUAUCUCUUAUGGUCCGGAGGUCAUAACGGUUCAACCUUCUACCGUAGUGCUUCAACGCAUACCUCCGGAGCUCGCGUGUGUCCUUGAAAGACUGCAUCAUGCGAUAGAUGUCCUCUUCCGCAUGCCGCGGGAGCCGUCUGUUGCUGACAUACAGAAACGGCUUACCUACAUGGAAAUUGUGGCUGUGCAGAAGGCUGUAGGAUACCAUGUCGUAGCACCAGCCGUUAUGCUGUACGGCUAUAUGUGCCUUGCAGUCGUAACUUUUGUACCUAAAGUUAAUAAGCGUCUCACAUACAUUACAUGUGAACUUACCGCUGGCAUGUGUAUCCUCUUCGUGUACAAUGCACGCAUUUAUAGUGUACGGAUUUGUAUCGCACACCCUCAGGCAACUCUUUCCCGGUUUUCCUCUUAUAACUAACCGAUGUCAAGACAUCCGAUUUGUAAAA